CAAUCGAUGAGAAAAAAAUCAUUCACCUACCAAAGAGACAAGAGUGAAGGGCAAGGAAUCCUUUCAAUUUUUACGGUCAAGUCUGUCACUCUAUCGUUUUCCCCAAACCAAAAGUCACUAUGACCAAUUUAGUUACCAAAAGUUCGUACGUGCUAGAAACGUUGGGCAAAAAGAGCCCCAAGCUGUUUGCCGCAUCAUUGCCUGCAUGCCCUUUAUGGAGUAACAGCCAACAGCGUCGAAACCUUAAUGUACAUGAACAUGUCAGCUAUUCACUGCUGAAAGGCGCUGGUAUACCUGUCCCUAAGUUCGGUGUUGCCAAAACUGGAAAGGAAGCGGCUGAACUAGUGCGGGGACUUGGACUCACAGAUAUUGCAGUCAAAGCUCAAGUGUUGGCUGGUGGUCGUGGAUUAGGUCAUUUCAAAAAAGGAUUCAAAGGCGGUGUUAAAAUGGUUGACACGGCAGAAGAAGCUGAAUUUGUAUCAGAUCAGAUGUUAGGAGAUUUUUUGAUCACAAAACAAACUGGAGAGAAAGGCCGUAUUUGUAAUGCAGUUAUGGUAGCUGAACGUGUAUAUGCUAGAAAAGAAUUUUAUUUUGCUGUUAUGAUGGAAAGAGCUUUUGGUGGUCCAGUUUUAAUAGCGUCUUCUCAAGGUGGUGUAAACAUAGAAAAAGUUGCUGAAGACAAUCCUGAAGCAAUUUUAUAUAUGCCUAUUGAUAUUACAAAAGGUAUAUCUAGAGAACUGGCUUUGGAUGUAAUCACCAAAGUUGGGUUGACCAAAAAAAAAGAUGAAACUGCAGACGUUAUUUUGAAGUUAUAUGACUUAUUUCUUACCAAAGAUGCUUUAUUAAUUGAAGUUAAUCCUUAUGCUGAAAGUAUUUCUACUGGAGGAUAUUAUUGUUUGGAUGCUAAAUUCCGAUUUGAUGAUAAUGCUGAGUUUAGACAAAAAGAAUUGUUUGAUUUGCGUGAUUGGACUCAAGAAGACGAAAAAGAAGUUGAAGCUUCUAAAUUUAAUCUAAACUAUAUUGCACUUGAUGGUACUAUUGGUUGCUUGGUAAAUGGUGCUGGUUUGGCAAUGGCUACUAUGGAUAUAAUUAACUUGCACGGUGGACAUCCAGCUAAUUUCUUGGAUGUUGGAGGUGGUGCUACUGCUUCUCAAGUGAAAGAAGCUUUUAAAAUAAUCACAUCAGACCCUAAAGUGUGUGCUAUUAUGGUCAAUAUUUUUGGUGGGAUAAUGAGAUGUGACAUCAUUGCUGAAGGAAUAAUUGCAGCAGCUCAAGAGUUAAAUCUUAAUGUACCAAUAAUUUGCCGUUUACAGGGUACAAACGUUGAUGAAGCAAAACUUCGUAUUGCAAACUCUGGUAUGAAAAUUUUGCCAGUUGAUAAUCUAGAUGAAGCUGCUCGUUUGGCAGUGAAAUUAUCUGAAAUUGUGAAUCUAGCUCGUGAACAACACUUGGGUGUUAAUUUUGAAAUGCCUAUCUAAACAUAAAUCAAAUAAUCUAACAGUAAUUAUUAAUAUGUUAACUAAUACUGGUUCUUAAAAAUUUAUUGCACAUUUGACUUUUAAAUAUUAUUACAUAAUACAGAUUAGUAAAACAAAUUUUAUACUCUUAUUCAAAGGUUUAAUAAAUUAUUUAAAGGAGACACAGACAUACACAUAUUUUAUAUGCUUUAAUUUUUUUCUCUUAUUAUUUUUUUUUUACUGUUGAAUCAUCUUUAAUGGAUUUGUGUUUGGUUUCUUAUACUCUUUAAAAUUCAAGAUAAAUAUGGCUUUUGUUAUAAUAAUAUAUUUUUUUAAUAGUUUUUUUUUCUGGUUGAUUGUUUUAUAUAGUAAUAAUAAUAAUAUAACUUUCUAAUUUAUAUAUCCAAAAUGUUUUACUAAUAUUGUUUGUUUGUGUGAUAGAGUUACCUUUAUGAUUAAGUGUUACUAUUGAUUUAACUGUCUGGUUUUAAUUUUAAAAAGAUAAAAGAAAAAAAGUAUUAUUGCUGUUUAAACUUUAAAAGUCUCCUUAAGGUAUAUAAUGUAUAAUUUGUAAAGUUUUAUUCUUAUUAACAACUUUCAAUAUGGGAAGGCACAUAAAAAUUUAUAUUUAUACUAUGUAGCUAAUUUGCCUAAUCUUAUAUUCAGUUAUAAAUGUCACGCUAUGUUAUCUUUGUUUAUAUUUCAUAAAUUGUUCCUUAAAAAAAAAAAAUGAAACAUUACUUAUAUUCAACUAAGCUAGUUUAGGUACUUUUUUAAAAUUAUUUAGUAUAAUUAAACAUAAACAAUAAUGGCUGUAGAUACUUAGACUACCAUUAACAUAUUAUUAUUGUUAUUGUAAAUUCUACAUAAUAUUAUUGUAAAUUGUGAUGAAUAUAAUAAAUAGUAAUAAAUAAUUGUUAUAACAUGAA